UUUGUUUGGGUGAGGUGAAGACGAGAAAAAGACUUGCAAAUGUACUGAAUCUCGCACAAAUCCGUGAUUGUUUGCUUACUUGCACUUGAAGAAUCCCUUACCGGAAAAUGAGUCACAGUGUCAGAAAGUUAUUUCCUAUUUCAGAAAAGUUGGGAAACACAGGCCAAACCAAGAGAGAGAGAACAGAAGAGAAACCCGCACGCAUCUCUGAUGUAUUCAGUAUGACGGCAGAAACGGUUAAAAAGGGCAAUAUGGAUUAAUGGGCGAACAGAGAUUCCAGAAUGGCAGCUACAUACACUUUAUUUUUGACGCUAUUAUGCAUUUGGACUCAAAUAGUGAAAUCCACCUCAGUGUGUUCAACUGAUGGCUACAUCGCUUUCUGCAUGGACAGAGGUCUUCAAGAGGUGCCAGAGCUGCCCAUUUAUAUAACUAUCAUGGAUCUGAGUAAAAACAGAAUUGCUGAACUCAAUCAAACAUCUUUUUCUCAUGUAGAAGCUCUGGAAGUCCUCAUACUGAUGGAUCAAACACCAGGACUUGUGAUCAGACGCAAUUCAUUCAUGAGGCUCUCUAAUUUAACAUCACUUCAGUUAGACUACAACCCCCUCCUGCAGAUAGAUGCAGGAGCAUUCAGUGGAUUAUCCAACCUUAAAAAUCUCACUCUCACUCAGUGCGGUUUAGAUGAUUCCCUUCUCUCUGGUAACUUCCUCAAACCUCUGAUGUCUCUUGAGAUGCUUGAUUUAAGUGGUAACAACAUUCAGAGAGUCCAGCCAGCUUCGUUCUUCCUUAAUAUGAGGCGAUUUCAUGUGCUGGAUCUGACUUACAACAAAGUGAAGAGCAUCUGUGAGGAAGACCUGCUUAACUUUCAGGGUAAACAUUUCACACUCCUCAGACUGUCCUCCAUAACACUGCAAGACAUGAAUGAGUACUGGUUAGGAUGGGAGAAAUGUGGAAACCCAUUUAGGAACAUUUCAAUAACAACAUUGGAUCUAUCUGGAAACGGCUUUAACGUUGAGAUGGCAAAGAGAUUUUUUGAUGCAAUCGCCAGUACCAAAAUCCAAAGUCUCAUCAUCAGUAACACCUACAGAAUUGGCAAAUCUUCUGGCGCUAAUUCGAAAGAUCCAGACAAAUCGACAUUCAGUGGUCUUGAGUCGAGUGGUAUUAAGAGUUUUGAUCUGUCCAAUUCAAGCAUUUUUGCUCUCACGUAUUCUGUAUUUAGUUAUCUGUCAGAUCUAGAACAAAUCACAUUAGCUGAAAGUCAGAUCAACAAGAUUGAAAACAACGCAUUUUUGGGUAUGACAAGCUUGUUAAAGCUAAACCUGUCCAAAAACUUCCUCGGGUACAUUGAUUUUAGAACAUUUCAGAAUCUAGAGGAACUCGAGGUGCUUGAUUUGUCUUACAAUCAUAUUUGGAGACUUGGAUCUCAGUCAUUUCAAGGACUUCCAAAUCUACUCAGUCUAAACCUAACAGGAAAUUCUGUUGUACAUGUAUAUACAUUUGCAAGUCUACCAAAGUUGGAAAAGCUCUACUUGGGUGACAACAACAUUCAAUACGUGUCCGAAAUACCCAACAUAGCCAAACAUCUCAAAACCCUUGACUUGCAGUUUAACCAAAUAGCAUCCAUGUCAGAGCUCUACACAAUACUAGAUGAACUUCCUCAAAUUGAGGAAAUAGUUUUUCGAGGGAAUCAGCUUCUUUAUUGUCCUCAUGACACCCAUGAUGUGAUAUCACAACACAUACAAGUCCUUGAUCUAUCAUUCGCAGGUUUGCAAAUGAUCUGGUCAGAAGGAAAAUGUGUAAACGUGUUUGACAAUCUCCACCAGCUAGAAGUGCUUCAUUUGAGUUCCAACUUGCUGCAGUCACUUCCCAAAGACAUCUUCAAAGACCUUACAUCGUUGUUCGUUUUAGAUUUGUCUUUCAACUCAUUGAAAUACCUUCCUACUGACGUAUUCCCCAAAAGUCUUCAAGUUCUUCAUCUCGACUAUAAUUCGAUUUAUUCAGUAGAUCCAAAUCUCUUCAGCACCCUCAGCUACCUCAGCCUGAUGAAUAACGAUUUCCGAUGUGAUUGUGACUUGAAGGAUUUCCAAACAUGGCUAAAUCAAACCAACGUAACCUUCGUUCACUCUAUUGAGGAUGUGACGUGUGCCAGUCCUGAGGAUCAGUACAUGGUUCCGGUUGUAAAAUCCAGCAUACAAUGUGAGGAUGAAGAGGAGGAGAGAAGAAUUAAAGAACUAAGACUUGUGCUUUUUAUUGUCUGCACUGUAUUGAUUAUAUUAAUCACCGCCAGCACCAUUGUUUACAUUAGUCGACGCGGCUACAUCUUUAAGAUAUACAAAAAACUCAUUGGCAAAUUUGACUAUAAACCUCAAGAGGAGCCUGAUCCUGAUAGAUUUUUGUACGAUGUGUAUCUGUGUUUCAGUUCUAAAGACAUAAAGUGGGUAGAAAGAGCGUUGUUGAAGAGGCUGGACUCUCAGUUUUCAGAGCACAACACACUCCGCUGCUGCUUUGAGGAGCGAGACUUCAUCCCCGGGGAGGACCAUCUUACUAAUAUGAGAAGUGCCAUCCAGAAUAGUCGAAAAACCAUUUGCGUGGUGUCCAAACACUUCCUGAAGGACGGCUGGUGUUUAGAAACAUUCACCCUGGCACAGUGUAGGAUGUUAGUGGAGCUAAAGGACAUUCUGGUGGUGCUGGUUGUAGGAAACAUACCGCAGUACAGGCUACUAAAGUAUGAACAACUGAGAUCCUUCAUUGAGAACAGAAGUUACCUUGUGUGGCCUGAUGAUGGUCAAGACUUGGAGUGGUUUUAUGACCAACUUCUGCAUAAGAUCAUCAGAAACACUAAGGUUAAACAAAUAUAUGAUACAGAAAAAGACAAGGUGGAUGAAAACAACCCUGAAGCAGCAAAUGUUCAAGCAGACACUGCAGUUUAACUAUGAAGUGUUUUUCCUUCACUUUCGUCAAUUGGUGAAGUUGGUUCCUCGCCACUGGCUUGCUUGGUUUGGGACUUGUGGAGCUGCGCAUUGAUGCAUUUGCUCUUCAGUGUUUGGACUUUCACCAGUGAAAUUAAACCACCCUGAACUGAACUUUAACUCUGAAAGCUGGACUGACACAGUUUCAAUUUACUAGAACUUCUACGUUAAGCUGCUUUGACACAAUCUACAUUGUAAAAGCGCUAUAGAAAUAAACAUGAAUUAAAUUAUGAAGGACAGCGGUACGAAUGCUUUCACAGAUACCUGGUUUUGCUCCAGGAGAUGUUUUCAGUUGUCCAGCGGUUGACCUUCUCUGUUUUGGACACCUACAAUAAUGAAGUGUAAAAGUUAAAAUUCUUCUAUUAAUUACACAUCCUUAUGUUGUUCUAGUCCCUUGAGGCCUUCAUCCAGCUAUUAAACACAAGUUAAGAUAUUAGAUGAAAUCAGAGAGCUCUCUUAUCCUCCAUUGACAGCAACGGUCCAGAAAUGUUGAGAGUCUAAAAAGGAACCAAAAACAUGAUCAACACACUCAAUGUUCCUUCAGUGGUUCAACUAAUAAAAUGAAGCUCCAAGAACACUUUUGUGCACCAAAAAAAUGUAAAAAGUGAGUUAAAAAAUAAUUCAGAGUUCAUAUAGUAGUCCAAGAGGCAAAAUGUAUUUUCUUUGUGUUUUAGCUUUGUACGCAAAUACAAGUGAAACCACUUGUGUUUAUAGACGCCCUCAUAAACAACAGUAGAGGACAUACAGCAGAUCAUGUUCUUCUUCUUAGUAUGUGGCUGUUUGGGACAAGAUGACAAGGUUUAUUUAAAUUUGGGUGAACCAUGGUUUAUUGCUUCGUGGGGUCACUGUAUUGAAACACGUAUAUAGCCAUGUUUCGACUGUGUAUUUAAAAAUGGUGCUUCCCAUGUUGUCAUUUCCUUUAUUUGUAGUAGACACUGGUGAUAAUUCUCUGUAAAUCAUUAGCAUUCAGCAGCGAGUCUGGCUCCACACUUUUGGUACCGUUCUGUUGUGCUAGGUACGCUUUGGAAAGGGUGGCAAAGAACUGGUAUAGUACAGCUAACUUUUUGUGACACCUUUGGAAAUGGGCAUAAAUACAUACCGUAUUCUACCGCUAAGAGGAAAUGGCCAAUAAAAUCAGCAGUGCGAGAUGCAAGCAUUGUAUUGCCUGUAAUAAAUGCACACCCUAAACUGACGAGGAAGAUAUUUUUACAGUUUUUGGUCCACAAAAGUGUUCUUGGAGCUUCUUAUGAUUACAGAAGUCACGUUGAGCGAUUUUGACUACGGUUUUGGCUCCUUGAGUAUCUUAGGACCCUUGCUGUCUAUGGAGGAUGAGAGAGCUCCUGGAUUUCAUCUAAAAUGCCUUAAUUCAUAAGUCUCAAACUGGAUUCCCGGAGGGCCGCAGCUCUGCACAGUUUAGCUCCAACCCUAAUCAAACACAGCUGAUCCAACUAAUCAAGGUGUUCAAGACUACUAGAGACUAUUAAGCAGGUGUGAGUUGGAGCUAAACUAUGCAGAGCUGCGGCCUUCCAGCAAUUGAGUUUGACCAUUGCCUUAAUUUGUGUUUUGAAGAUAAAGGAAUCUCAGGGGAUUGAGGGUGAGUACUUUCCAUGGUUUCAUUUUUUGGGAGAACUAACCUUGUAAACUCAAUACUGAUUAUUCGGUCAUAGAAGUUUAUUUUGUAUUAUGCAAAAUGUGAAGUUAUGUGUGAGAUUUUAGAUUGAUCUUGAAUGAGAUAUUUAAAUUAACACUGUAAUUGCUUGAACAUUUCUGUUAUGUGAUAUGUUUGUUGUUUAGUAUUCCAAGACUGCACAUGAAAUUGAAUCAAUGAUACUAUGCACAAUUUACACCACCUG